AUGGCAUCUAGAGCUUCUCAAUAUCUUUCGCAGGACUCAAUCUAUUAUCAGCAGCAGCAACAACAGGGUCCAAGUGCGUCUGGUAAGCAUUGGGCACGUGUAUUUCUUAUUAUGUCUUGUGUAUCAACGGGCCUUAUUAUGGCCUCUAGCUUUAUGAACCUCAUUACGUUUAGCUUUGGAAUCUCAACCUUUGUCUUAGAGGUAUAUCUUGUAAUACUGAGUUUCUUUGCCCUCACGGCUGAACUUCGACAGGUGAAGUGUCUACGAGGUCUCAUAUAUCACUGGCUGAAGUAUCUUUAUUUUCUUUCCACAUACACUGGUCGAGGUUUUUUCUACAUUUUCUUGGGUACUCUUGCCUUUGGAGGGAGUGUCUUGCGUUACAUUGCAUCUGGAACUGCGGUAUCUCUCGGCAUUAUCAUGAUUGUUGUAAAUAUAUUUGUCAAACUGCCUGAGUUUGUGGAUGCACAGGUGGUUAGAGAGGAAGAAGCUGCACGCCGUGCAGCCACUACUGCAGCAGCAGCUAAUAUGUUCAACAGUGUUGUAAUGAACCCUGGUAAUGGUAAAGGUACCGCUGCUGCUGUUCCAACUGCUGGUGAUGGUUCAAAAUACAUACCACCUGGUAUGAACGAAGGGCCCAAUGCAUUGUAA